CCUUCAAGACUAACUGAUGUUAGACUACGUAACUUGGUUGUUUCUUGUAUAUAUUCUGCAGAAAUCAAUGACUUUAUCAUCACAUCUGUGGACUGUAUCCAUCUGAUGGAAGGUCUGGUGGGCGUCGAGUUUACUGUAGAAGAAAAGAAUCGGAUCCGACGCAACCUCGAAGGACUGCGGCCAAUCACGGUAGGAAAAGGCCGUCCUGAAUAUGCUGCCUUUUUCCGCUUGAUAAUGAAUUUCCCCGAACCACGGCCUCGUAAUAUCGAAAAGGAUCUAAAGGUGUUUUUGUGGUCUGAUCUAGAAGAAGCCUUGCGAAAAAUCAUCAAAAAGUACACACCAAGUUACAGC